ACCAUCACCUCAUCCACCACCACUUCCAUUUCACCCCGAUUCAUGUUCCUCUGUUCUCAACAACGACCCUUACGAUCAUCUGCACUUUCUGGUAUAUAUUAUUAAUUGAUCACUCCUUUGUUACCAGUGAACACCUCUGUUCUCUCCACGUAUCGCCCCCUUCACGUCCUCCCCCGAUCGGCCGUCCCUCAGCUACAACCCUCCCCCGGAUCGUCGACGGAACCCAAUUCGCCAUUCUACCCACGCUUGGUCAACAUUCCCUAGGGUAACGGAUGGCGGGUUAACGGUGACAAGUGACGAGCGAGCCCUCCUUAUCUAGCUCUCGUUAGCAAUCGACAUAUGGCCAGACAAAGGCCCAGUGCUCACCGCCAGGACCCUCUUGAGGACUCUUCCACUCAGCCAACCUCUGCUGGACCUUCCGCCACUGCCGCUAGAAUCACUCGCUCCGCCGCGAGAGUAGCUGCAGACUCUCUUCCGUCUACCGGCUCUGGUCCCUCUCCUGCGAACGCGGCCGCUGGUUCGGCUUCAAACCGGAAGCGAAAGGCCCCUGCGCGACGUGAUCGAUCGGUAGACGCCCCGGAACAGUCAAAUCCCUCCUCACCUCCCCGAAAAGCCAAGCGACAGCGACGUGCAACUCCCCCUCGAGCGGCGCAGUCACCUGCAACCACCCGCCGCGGUACUCGCAAUCGUCCAGCGAUGUCCCAAUCUGGUCCUUCAUCACAUCCCGCCGAGGAUUCAUCAAGGAAUCAGACCUCCCCUCCCGCGUCUAGACGGAAAUCAAGCAGGAGCGGGAAGGUGUCACAAGAUAAUGCCUCAGCAGCUCAGUCAUCGCCUCGUCGACAAAAGAAGCGCCCUUCCAGAGCCAGUCCCGACACGAUUAUGAAGGAGGCGGAAGAGGAGAUGGAAGAUCAAGAACUAAGCGAAGAACGGGAUUCUUCUCCUCCAAGUGAUAGCCACGAGGGAACCAUCCCCUCUGGUCUGGAUGACGAUGACGACGAGGAUGAUGGGGACCUUUUCCACAACAGUCUGUUUGGGUCGCGGAGCCCCUUGGGUCUGCAAAGCACCCUCCGUGCUUUGAGCGGCAUGAUGUCGGGCAUGUCUUCGCGUUUGCGAGAUAUUCUAUGCAACCUGAGAAUGAAGGAUGACCCGUCCAUUCAGCUGAUCGCUCUGCAGGAGCUCUCUGAUCUACUACUUGUAUCAAAUGAGGAUAAUCUUUCCGGCCAGUUUUCCCCAGAUCCGUAUGUAAAGGAAUUGGUCGCCUUGAUGCAGCCAAGCGAUUUCGGUGAGGAAAACCCGGAGAUCAUGCUUCUCGCAUGUCGCUGCCUGGCCAAUUUGAUGGAGGCCUUACGUGGCUCCGUGGCCAACGUUGUUUACGGAGGAGCUGUCCCCGUCCUUUGUCAAAAGCUGCUGGACAUUCAAUUUAUCGAUUUGGCUGAGCAAGCUCUCAGCACUCUGGCGAAAAUAUCCGUGGAUUUUCCCGCGUCUAUCGUUCGCGAAGGGGGCUUAACAGCUUGCUUGACGUAUCUUGAUUUCUUCCCAACUAGCACACAGCGUACGGCAGUCACAACAGCCGCUAAUUGCUGCCGCAACCUUCCUCACGAUUCGUUCCCCGUGGUUAGAGACGUCAUGCCCACUCUGCUCAAUGUUCUCGCCAGCAACGAUCCCAAGGUUGUCGAGCAGGGCUGUCUAUGUGUCUCUCGCAUUGUUGAGAGCUUUAAGCAUAAGCCAGAGAAGCUGGAAGAGCUCAUCGAACCUGCCAUGCUCAAGGCUGUGCUUCGGCUGCUGUUGCCCGGCACCACCAAUCUCAUCGGGCCACACAUUCAUACUCAGUUCCUCCGCGUGUUGGCCAUCACGUCAAAAGCGAGUCCGAGACUGUCCGUUGAAUUGCUCAAGAUGGAUGUGGUCGACACUCUUUAUCAGAUUCUGACGGGAGUAUCGCCGCCUACAAACCUAGAGGGCACCGCUGUCAAGAUGGACAGUGUUCUUGUUAUGCAAGCGCUUAUUCAUCGCCCCCGCGAACAGGUGUUCGAAACUCUCAAUGUUAUUUGUGAGCUCUUACCGGGUGCGCCGAACCGGUUCUUUCUCUCGGCGGAUGGUUUGGCUGGCUUGCCUGCUGAGGGCGAUGCUGCUCGCCAGCCAAAAUCACCCAAGGCCAAGGAAUCUGAAGAGAAACGGCGCUCGUUGCUUGUGGACUGCAAGACGGAAUUGAAGCGCUUCGCAAUGAUCUUGCUGCCAACCUUGACCGAUGCUUACUCUAGUACUGUUAACCUUGAGGUGCGCCAAAAGGUCCUGACCGCUCAGCACAAGAUGCUGCAUAACCUAGAUGCCAGCCUGAUUGAAGAGGCAUUGCGGACGGUCCCAUAUGCGUCGUUCUUAGCGGCCAUCCUUUCACAGAAGGACCACCCGAGUCUGGUGUCCUCUGCGUUGCGCUGUGCAGAGAUCUUGUUUCAGCGCUUGGAGCAUGUUUAUCGACACCAAUUCCACCGUGAAGGUGUCAUUUCCGAGAUAUUCAAGCUUGCCGAGGGACCACUAUCCACAGAAAAGCAGGGGAAGCCAGCGAGCGAUUCAUCGCCUGCCCAGGAUGCUGCUGUGGAUGCUAAGCCAUCCCACGGUGGAAACGAUGCGGUUGGCAGCGCGGAAGACAAUGGUGGCGACGAUGCCGAUGGAGGAGAUGAUUAUGAUGAACAAGACGACGAAGACAACGAUGAUAUGUCUGAGUCUGCAAGCUCCUCAUCCUUCUCCAGUCAUGCCCUUUCUGCCAGAAUUGAGAACGCUAUGCGAGAUAUUGUUAUCCGCGAUGCUCGUGCCUUCGUUGAUCUCUACGAAGCCAGCCAGGGAAGAGAUAUGCGGGACAAGGCUCUGGAGACCCUGAAUGAACUCAAGACCCUUGCAACACAGAUUGAGGCGUUCUAUGCUGGCGAAGGUGAAGAAGACGGCCUUGCGCUUUUCAAAAAGCUUGCAAUCUAUUUUGAUGGCGAUGCACUGGAAAGCAUCACGAGCUCUGAACUCCUCAACUCCGGUAUCAUCAAGGUGCUGCUCGCUGUAUUCGGAGAUUUCCAAGCCACUUCCAUGCGUGAGGCUCGCGCGGCUUUCCUACAAGCUUUCAUGGGAUCGACCAUAUCAGAAAAAGCCCAGAGUCAAAGCACAGCAACCACGCCCUUCAGUGUUCUCAUUCAUAAGCUACAGGAUCUACUCAGCCGGACUGAGCAUUUCGAGGUCUCCACCGUCAGCCAUAAUUCAUUGGAGAAUACGCGUAGCAAUGCCGCCUACAUGCUGGGCAAGCAACUCAGACUCAAGUUGGUGGCGGACGAAGAUUCGGAUAUUCCUCGCACGUAUCGAAACAUCAUGGUAUCCAUCCACGCCAUAGCAACCUUCAAGGCUCUGGAUGAUUUCCUUCACCCUAGAAUCAGUCUUACAGAUCGGCCCAGACCAUCACGCACGCGUGAAACAAUCCUCAACCAAAUCGCUAAUGCGGCGCGUCUCCGGGAUCAGCUGGCCGGUGGAGAGUUCCCUACUAGCGAUGCCACCGCCACGCCUCGAGCAUCAUCAAACACAGGGAGACCGCAGCGCCCAGGAGAGACACGCUCAGGUUCCAACGAUUCGCCAGCAGAGGGACGUGACCACAGCUCCCGGUCUAGGCGGUCCGGUCGGCAUCAACCUCAAGGUGAAAAUGAGCACGAGAAUGAACCCCUGGAGUGUGCCGAUGAACGGCAAAUGAGUGAUGACGAAGAUCCAGAAGAUGACGGCGAGGACGAAGAACUGAACGCCAUCGUUGAUGACUUGGAGGACGAUCUCUCGGAUGAUAACGUCCACGACCCCACUGCCGUCAACAUGGAGGUGGCAUCUUCGGGUAAGGUCACUGCUCGGAAGGAAGACGGCACUCGCGUGGCUACUCCCUCGCAAACGACGCCAGCAUCCAAAUCAUCCGCGUCUGCUUCUAGUUCUGCGCAGAAUCCUCCAGGUGGCAGUUCGCUGGCAAUGGCCGGGCGGCCUUUCGCCUCAUAUGCGGCUGCUAUGGCAUCGAUUCCGACUGACUGGCAUAUUGAGUUCAGCGUGGACGGUGAACCGGUCUCGAACGAGACCACCAUCUAUCGCGCUGUUCAUCACAACCGCCAGCACGCCGAGCCCAAUGCCCGGAAUGUUUGGUCUGCCGUUCAUACUGUCAAAUUCAGACGGGCACCAGGCCCGCCCCCACCGGAACCUUCCACGCUCACCCAAGGUACAUCUACACCGAGGGACGAUAGCAAUGAUAUGCCCGCGUCGCUCAGUCAAGACCAAACGACGGCAUCCAUCCUCCACUUGCUUCGUGUCUUGCAUGAGAUGAACACCACCCUUGAUGAUAUACUUGCAGAGACCAAAGACCUGGUCGCUCUCACGCCAGAGCCAUUGGCACAGUUCAUCAAUACGAAACUCACAGCCAAGCUCAAUCGACAACUGGAAGAGCCACUUAUCGUAGCAAGCAGCUGCCUUCCCAGCUGGAGUGAAGAUCUCGCCCGCCUCUUUCCGUUCCUCUUCCCAUUCGAGACACGGCAUCUGUUCCUUCAGUCGACGGCGUUUGGCUACUCUCGCGCGAUGAUGAGAUGGCACAACUCUCAGAACGACGACAACCGCAACGAUCACCGGCGCGAUGAUCGGCCUAUUCUCGGGCGGCUACAGCGACAAAAAGUACGAAUCUCGAGAAGCCGUAUUCUCGACUCUGCUAUGAAGGUAAUGGAGUUGUACGGUUCUUCGCCCAGCGUGUUAGAAGUUGAGUACUUCGAAGAAGUCGGUACCGGUCUUGGUCCCACACUGGAGUUCUACUCUACCGUAUCGAAGGAGUUCUCAAAGAAGAAGCUCAAGCUUUGGCGUGAGAAUGAGUCCGUCCACGACGAUGAGUAUGCCUUUGGCAAGCGUGGCCUUUUCCCGGCACCCAUGAGUGAGGAGCAAGCCGCUUCCGAAUCUGGCAAAAAACAGCUUCAGCUAUUCAAGUGUCUGGGCAAGUUUGUUGCUCGGUCCAUGCUCGAUUCGAGAAUCAUUGACAUUUCUUUCAACCCGGCCUUCUUCCGAAUCGCUGCCAGCUCAUCUUCUGUUGCCCCCUCUCUUGGCACGGUCAAAGCAGUUGACCAUGAUCUGGCAAAAUCGUUGCUUCUGUUGAAGUCGUUUGCCGACGCUAAGAAGGCCGUGGACGACAACCGGACACUGUCGAAAGCCCAGAAGGCUCAAGCGCUGCAGCAGAUUGAGGUGGGUGGAGUCAAGGUUGAAGACCUGAGCUUGGAUUUCACCCUGCCCGGCUACCCGGCCAUCGAGUUGGUCAAGAACGGUUCCAACAUCCCCGUAACAAACGAGAACGUUGAUCUGUAUGUCGAAAGGGUGAUAGACAUGACUUUGGGUAGCGGUGUCCAGCGACAGGUAGAGGCCUUCCAGGCCGGAUUCUCUCAGGUGUUCCCCUACUCCGCGCUUCGGACGUUCACGCCACAGGAGCUUGUCAUGUUGUUUGGCCGGGCUGAGGAGGACUGGACUAUUGAAACUCUGAUGGACUCGAUCAAGGCCGAUCACGGUUUCAACAUGGACAGCCGGAGCGUGCGGAAUCUGCUUCAGACAAUGAGUGAAUUGAACCCUCAACAACGGCGAGACUUUUUACAAUUUGUUACUGGCAGUCCCAAACUUCCGAUUGGCGGUUUCAAGAGUCUCACCCCCAUCUUCACGGUGGUGUGCCGUCCCAGCGAGCCGCCUUACACGCCAGAUGAUUACCUGCCGAGUGUCAUGACCUGUGUCAACUACUUGAAGCUUCCAGACUACAGCAGCCUGGAUGUACUCCGCGAGCGGCUGUCAGUUGCCAUUAAAGAAGGCCAGGGAGCCUUCCACUUGUCCUGAUUGUUGCACAUAAGAUCUGUUGAUCUACUCAAAGUAUGCUAUGGAGGGUCUCGAAUGACGCAAAAAGAACACGAAUGAGCACUGAUGGUGCGUCGGAACGAUAGCUAACUACAUACCCUUAUGGUUGCAAAAGGGGGUAUUCAUGCAAUGCCUAGGGCACUUGUCUUUUUUGGGGGGGGAUCUGCGUUCGGGCCACAUUUGUCUGCUUUCUGUGCCUUUGUGGGAAGGGCGUCCGGGGGUGUUACUUCAUGCUUCCAUUUACAUAGAAAUGCCACUCGUAUCCGAGGCCAGUGAGUCUAUUAGUCUGCUGAUGUAUCUAUCUGUUGAUUACAUAGGUCUAUAGUCUAUCGCACAAAAAAAUGAAAGGG